ACGCCCCGUCACCCAUCCCCGUCGCAAAAGGUGUAGCCAGAGCCGCCCAGCAUGUCUUCCAAAGCCAUCCGCGAAUACGACGCAAAGCUGCUCCUCGCCUACUGGCUCCCCCGCAGCCCCUCCGUCUCCUCCGAGCCGCUCGCGACGCAGUUCAGCUACCCCGAGCCGCGCGUCGCCCAGAUCUCCUGGGACCCCGACACCAACACCCUCACGCCCGAGAACCAGCUCCCCGGCUGGGUCUCGUCGACCAAGCUCGUCGCCAAGCCCGACCAGCUCAUCAAGCGCCGUGGCAAGGCGGGCCUCCUCGCGCUCAACAAGGACUGGCCCGAGGCAAGGCACUGGAUCGAGCAGCGCGCGGGCAAGCCCCAGAGGGUCGAGAGCACCGUCGGCACGCUCAACACCUUCAUUGUCGAACCCUUCCUCCCCCACCCUUCCAACACCGAAUUCUACAUCUGCAUCACCUCCUCCCGCGAUGAGGACACCAUCCUCUUCACCCACGAGGGCGGCGUCGACAUCGGCGACGUCGACGCCAAGGCCCUCCGCCUCUCCGUCCCCAUCCUCAAGCCCUUCCCCUCGCGCGCCGAGGUCGAGGCCGCGCUCCUCCCGCACGUCCCCGCCGCCAAGAAGGCGACGCUCGUCGACUUUAUCGUCCGCCUCUACUCCGUCUACGUCGACCUCCACUUUGCGUACCUCGAGAUCAACCCGCUCGUGGUGCUCGACGGCGAGAACGGCAAGGAGCCGCAGGUGCAGUACCUCGACAUGGCCGCGAAGCUCGACCAGACCGCCGAGAGCAUCUGCGGGCCCAAGUGGAGCAUCGCGCGCGACCUGAGCGUGUACGACGGCGGCGCCAAGGGCAGCGCCGCGAGCUCCGGCAGCAAGGUCAACGCCGACCGCGGCCCGCCGAUGGUCUGGCCCGCGCCGUUCGGCCGCGACCUCACCAAGGAGGAGGCGUACAUCCAGAAGCUCGACGCCUCGACCGGCGCGUCGCUCAAGCUCACCGUGCUCAACCCGAACGGCCGUAUCUGGACGAUGGUCGCCGGCGGCGGCGCCUCGGUCGUCUACUCGGACGCGAUCGCCGCGCACGGCUUCGCGCACGAGCUCGCGAACUACGGCGAGUACUCCGGCGCGCCCUCGGAGGGCCAGACGUACGAGUACGCGAAGACGAUCCUCGACCUCAUCACGCGCGGCGAGGUGCGCAAGGACGGCAAGAUCCUCAUCAUCGGCGGCGGCAUCGCCAACUUUACCAACGUCGCCGCCACCUUCAAGGGCAUCAUCCGCGCGCUCAAGGAGUUCAAGCAGGGGCUCGUCAACCACGGCGUGAAGAUCUACGUGCGCCGCGGCGGGCCGAACUACCAGGAGGGGCUCAAGGCGAUGCGUCUCCUCGGCGAGAGCCUCGGCGUGCCGAUCCACGUCUUCGGCCCGGAGACGCACAUCACGGCGAUCGUCCCGCUCGCGCUGGGCGUGCCGCCGAAGGAGAAGAAGGGCGGCGCCGCGCAGCAGGUGCCCGUGUCGAUCCCGAGCACGCCGCCGCCGGCGCGGGGCGAGGUCGUGCAGGGCGAGGAGGGCGUCGGCGCGAUCCGCGCGGACGGCGAGCGCACGCAGGCGCAGGACCAGAUUGUGCGCUUUGAGAAUGUGGCGCACGGCGCGCGCCCGUGGUACCGGCCCUUCGAUGCGAGCACGCGCUCGUUCGUGUAUGGCCUGCAGCCCCGUGCGAUUCAGGGCAUGUUGGACUUUGACUAUUCGUGCGGGCGCGAGACGCCGAGUGUGGCGGCGAUGAUUUAUCCGUUUGGCGGGCACCAUAUUCAGAAGUUCUACUGGGGCACGAAGGAGACGCUGUUGCCGGUGUAUACGAGCGUUGAGGAGGCGGUGGCGAAGCACCCCGAUGUGGAUGUUGUGGUCAACUUUGCGUCGAGCCGGAGUGUGUACUCGAGCACGCUUGAUAUCCUCAAGCACUCGCAGAUCAAGGCUAUUGCUUUGAUUGCUGAGGGUGUCCCCGAGAGGCACGCCCGCGAGAUCCUGCACAUCGCCAAGGGCAAGGGCGUCCUCAUCAUCGGCCCCGCGACCGUCGGUGGCAUCAAGCCCGGCUGCUUCAGGAUCGGCAACUCUGGCGGUAUGAUGGACAACAUCAUCUCAUCCAAGCUGUACCGCCCCGGCUCCGUCGGCUACGUCUCCAAGUCGGGCGGUAUGUCGAACGAGCUGAACAACAUCCUCUCGUUGUACACGAACGGCACGUACGAGGGUAUCGCCAUCGGCGGCGACCGCUACCCCGGGACGACGUUCAUCGACCACCUGCUGCGCUACGAGACGGACCCCGAGUGCAAGAUGCUCGUCCUCCUGGGCGAGGUUGGCGGCGUCGAGGAGUACCGCGUCAUCGAGGCGGUGAAGAAGGGCCAGAUCAAGAAGCCGAUCAUCGCAUGGGCGAUCGGGACGUGCGCGAAGAUGUUCAGCACGGAGGUGCAGUUCGGGCACGCGGGGUCGCUCGCGAACUCGGACAUGGAGACGGCGGACGCGAAGAACCCCGCGAUGCGCGCGGCGGGCUUUAUCGUGCCGGACACGUUCGAGGAGCUGCCCGACGUGCUCGAGGAGACGUACAAGCAGCUCGUCGCGCAGGGCACGAUCGUGCCCAAGCCCGAGCGCGAGCCGCCCGUCAUCCCCAUGGACUACAAGUGGGCGCAGGAGCUCGGGCUUAUUCGGAAGCCUGCCGCGUUCAUCUCGACAAUCUCGGACGAGCGGGGCCAGGAGCUUAUGUACGCCGGUAUGCGCAUCUCGGAUGUGUUCAAGGAGAACAUCGGCCUCGGCGGUGUCGUCUCGCUUUUGUGGUUCAAGAGGCGUCUCCCCGAGUAUGCCACGAAGUUCAUCGAGAUGGUGCUCAUGCUUACCGCUGACCACGGCCCCGCCGUGUCCGGUGCGAUGAACACCAUUGUCGCCACUCGUGCCGGCAAGGACCUGAUCUCCUCGCUUGCCUCCGGUCUUUUGACCAUUGGUAGCCGAUUCGGUGGCGCCCUCGACGAGGCAGCCGCUAUGUUCUCGAGCGCGCGCGACCGUGGCCUCACGCCGCGUGAGUUCGUCGACGAGGCGCGGAAGCAGAACAAGCUGAUCAGCGGUAUUGGCCACAAGAUCAAGAGCGUCAACAACCCCGAUCUCCGUGUGCAGCUCGUCAAGGAGUACGUCCUCAAGAACUUCCCGGCGCACAGUCUGCUCGACUACGCCCUGGCUGUCGAGAAGGUGACGACCGCGAAGAAGGAUACCCUCAUCCUGAACGUCGACGGUUGCAUUGCCGUCUGCUUCGUCGAUCUCCUGCGCGAUUGCGGUGCCUUCAGCGCUGAGGAGGCUGAUGAGUACAUUAAGAUUGGUACUCUGAACGGUCUCUUCGUUCUCGGCCGCAGCAUCGGCUUCAUUGGCCACCACCUCGACCAGAAGCGCCUGCGCGCUCCCCUCUACCGCCACCCCGCGGACGACAUCUUCAUCAACAUGGCCGACGUUACGCAGCCGCGCGUGCUGGGCAAGAUGCAAUAGACGAUUCUCCUCAUCCUCAAUAUCAAUGCCAAUGUCAUGGGUUUGUGCUCCAUAUAGAGUUGUUGUUUUCUUUUGGAUUUGCGUCAAUGCUCUCGUCACGGACACCAGUAUCUACGUUGCUCUCUGUAAUCCUGUUUUCGCUAUCGC